GCUGCAGGAGCUCCGGGUCGCCGCCUCCCGCGGCGCACGUGCGGGUGCAGCCGUGCGCCGAGCUCCCGCCCCGCAGCUGCUUUGUUGCCUCCGGGCCGCCGGCACCAUGCACACUCCGGGCUCCGUGGGCCCGGGCGACGCGCGUGCGGUUGACAUCAUGGACAUCUGUGAGUCAAUCCUGGAGAGGAAGAGGCAUGAUAGUGAAAGGUCUACCUGCAGCAUCUUAGAGCAGAAUGACAUCGAAGCAGUUGAGGCUCUUGUUUGCAUGAGCUCCUGGGGUCAAAGAUCCCAGAAAGGUGACCUAUUAAAGAUAAGACCCCUCACACCUGUCUCUGACCCUGGGGAUGUCACCAGCACUGUGCACGUGGACACAGCCGCAUCUGAGCUACCAAAGGACUUCGACUCUUUAUCGACUCUGUGCAUGACUCCUCCUCAGAGCCCUGAUCUUGUGGAGCCAUCGACAGGGACACUUGUUCCUUCCCAAGUAACUGAUUCCAAAGCAUGCAUGGUCAUGGCCAUCCCCCCAGCCUCUGCUGGGGCAGCCAAAGUGCUGAGCAGGAAGGCGGAGAGGGGCCUUCCUGGUUUGAAGCCAGAGCCACUGGAGCCAGCCCCCAGCUCCCCCUGCAGGCCCAUGGUGACAAGUGUCAUCCACCACACCGGGGGGAAUCCUGCUCCUGGCCACAUUCCUACUGCCCAGAUUCAAGAAUGCCAACUUCCCGUCAACAGAGGAGAAGCACAGUUUUUGGGACAUACUGAAUCUUUGCUGGACACACAACUCACAGAUAAUCUACUGACCACUAACUCAGUGUCGUGUCAGCCUUGCUUGCACAAGUCUGGUGGCCUGAUCCCCGUUGACAAAGGCCAGCAGUCAGGGUGGCCUGUUGCAAUUCAAACCUGCUUACCAAAGAAUUAUGAAAAUGACUUGCAAAGGAAAGCCACCCCUCUGAUUUCUGUCCCUGUCCCCAGUUCCCCUGUCUUUUGCCAAAUGAUCCCUGUGACUGGACAGAGCGGCAUGUUACCAGCUUUUUUGAAGCCUCCUCCCCAAGUGUCUGCAGGGACUGUCAAACCCAUCCUGCCCCAUGCUGCUCCUGUGCCCCAGCCUGUGUUCGUGGGACCGCCUGUGCCUCAGGGAGCUGUGAUGCUGGUCCUGCCCCAGGCGACCCUCCCCCAGCCUGCCACCUCUUCAUCCAAUGUCGUGGCUGUGGGCAAUACCAAGUUCUUGCCCCUUGCGCCUGCCCCAGUCUUCAUUGCCUCCGGUCAAAACUGUGCCCCUCAGGUAGACUUUUCCCGAAGGAGAAAUUAUGUUUGCAACUUCCCAGGCUGCCGGAAAACCUACUUCAAAAGUUCCCACCUCAAGGCUCACCUUCGCACCCACACAGGAGAGAAGCCUUUUAACUGUAACUGGGAUGGCUGUGAUAAAAAAUUUGCUCGUUCCGAUGAACUCUCUCGCCACCGCAGAACUCACACUGGGGAGAAAAAAUUUGUGUGCCCCGUGUGUGAUCGGCGUUUCAUGCGCAGUGACCACCUAACAAAGCAUGCCCGGCGCCACAUGACUACCAAGAAGGUCCCUGGCUGGCAGGCAGAGGUUGGCAAACUGAACAGAAUUGCCUCAGCAGAGAGACCUGGGAGCCCACUAGUGAGCAUGCCGGCCUCUGCAUGAAAGGUCAGCCAGGGACUUGCCCAUGGGAAUUUUAAAAAGCAUUUUUCAGGAAUGGAACUGAUGGUUUUCUCUCCC